UCUUGGGCUCGGGCUGCCGCCACCGCCGCCAUGUUGGGCUGAGGCGAUGACAGGAGGCGGCCGGGGCGUGUGGGAUUGAGAAGUGGCGGAGGAGGCGGGGAGUCAGGGCUCUGAGGGGGAGCUGUUCCCUAGCUGAGGGAGGAGCCCCCGGAAGACGCCGCGGAAGGCAGCAAAGCGGAGGCGGCGGGAGCCCGGACGCGAUGCAGCCCGACCCGCGCGGCUGCGCCGAGGCGCCCGCGGCCUGAGCCCCUCCGGCGCUGCGCUCGGCUCGGCUCGGCCCGGUUCGGCUCGGCUCGGCCCGGUUCGGCUCGGCUCGGCUCGGCUGCCGGCGAAGUCGAUGCCCUUGAGCGCGGCUGCGCGCGGCCCGGCUGUGCGGCCCCGCGGCGCGCGCUGAGCCUCUCGGCGGCCCGGGCCGCCCUCAGCCCCGCGCUCGAUGUGUAGCCACAUAGUUAUCUGCACACUUGGUCGCCGGGGCUUUAAUGAGGACCUGAGUCGCGAGCGCGUGUGAAUCACCGCCUGGGCCCGGCAAGGAGGACGGCGCAUUUAACCCCCUCCCACCCCGCUCCAUGUCCGUGUGUCACUCGGCUCCGUCCACCUGGCGCGGCGGGUCCUGGCGCUGCCACUGCCGCUGACGACCGGCUCCCCCGCGCCUCUCGCCGCAGAACCUCCUGGGCUCCCACGGAACUUCUACUUGUUUUGUUUGGUUUUCUGUUGUUUUCCUUUUUGGAAAAGCUCAGCCGGGAACCGAUCUGAACUGUGAAGGUUUUCCAUUUCCCGUAGCCCCAGCACUUCGGCCCCUGUCUUUUCUGUUUUGUUUUUCCUGCGUAAACCUCUGGCCCACUCUCAAAAGGCAAGAUGUCCAGUCAUGUCCCGGCGGAUAUGAUUAACUUGCGCCUCAUCUUGGUGAGUGGGAAGACGAAGGAGUUCCUCUUCUCCCCAAAUGACUCCGCCUCCGACAUUGCGAAGCAUGUAUACGACAACUGGCCCAUGGACUGGGAAGAAGAACAGGUGAGCAGCCCAAACAUCCUGCGCCUCAUUUAUCAAGGCAGAUUUCUACACGGAAACGUCACGCUAGGAGCAUUAAAACUUCCCUUUGGCAAAACAACAGUGAUGCAUUUGGUGGCCAGAGAGACCCUGCCAGAGCCCAACUCACAAGGUCAGCGGAACCGGGAAAAGACUGGGGAGAGCAACUGCUGCGUGAUCCUGUGACGCGCUGCAGCAUGUGCAGUCUGUUGAUGCUGCUGGGACAGAGGACUUCAACAGCACCCGCACCUGUAGGACAGCCACACCUGCACAUCAUGGGGCUGAAUUACUCGGGAACUCUGUCUUCUCUUCUUAGAAAGUAAAAAGAACCAAGAACACUGUCAUCUGGUCCUUUAUUCCUGUCUCUCUUGUCUGUGUUGAGCACUCGGAAAUGCACGGUGGUCUCCAGGGAAGUCACCUUGCUGCCACGAAGACUCAUCCACAGAGUCAGAAAUCAGGUGUGGCAAGUACAGUUUGCACUAAAGAAAGAAAAAAGAUUAUCGUUAUUUUCCUCAUCAGCAGAAUCUGCCAGCGCCUGUGGUGCCCAGAAAUACUCCUGUGACAGCCCACACUGGAGGACACUCAGCAUCACUGAAGUUCAUCACCAGGCCAGUUGCACAGAGGAAAUGGGAAGGGAUCUAAAAUGCUGGGUGAAUUCUACCAAAGUCAGCCACCGUGGCUGUCCUCACACGAUAUCAAACUGGGCGUGACCAUCCUCACUGCAGCAAAGGAAAAGCCAUGCCUGCUGCUCACGGCACUCCGCAGAGGGAACCUCUGCUGCCUGAGCCCUGACUCCUCCAGACGGCGGCAGAGCUGGGCAGGCAGUAGUUCGACCCUAGCCUUAACGUAGAGGGCCGGUCUUGCGGGGCAUCACUGUGCAGAAGCGGUAGGAAGCCUCAGCAGCAGAUCCAAUUGUGUAUUUGAAUAUCGGAAAAGUGAAACCUUCCACCACUGUCACUCACCGUGACCACGCCCUCCUGCAUUAUGCUUACUCACCAGGACGGAGGAAUCCUUUUAAAAAGUCUCCAGAUACUAAUGUUGUUACUUUAUGUAGUUGCGUUUGGAAUCAGUGCUUGCAGUUGUAUUAAAAUCACAAGCUGGCUUUGAAGGCACACAUGAUUAGUGGCACCACUCUUAUUUUUAAUUUAAAGAUUGAUAUGCUAUAAAUAAACAAUUUGCACAGCACUAAAGCAUGAGCUAAUUUCAUCUAAACCUGUAAAAAAAAAGAUUUUAUAUUUUUUUCACUGGGAAGAAAUCUUCCUGGAUGAAAUUACAAAUAUGUGUAGAUUAUAUUUAAUAAAAAGACAUAAAAUAUCUAACUUUAGAACACAAAUAUAGAUUGGCGUGUAGCAUAUAGACAAUAUUCCAUAUCAAUAACUUUAUGCAGCCUUUUUAAAGAUGAAGUUGCAGACUGCGCUGUGUUCUGUAUCUGAUGAGGGUUCUUCGCUCUCAGCAACAUUCAAUGUCAAUGGUUUCAAUGGUCAUCUUUGUUUAAAUGCAAUCAGGUUACUUUAUUCAUUGUUAAUGCGUUGAUGAAGAGGCUUUAUAUGCAGUAGAUCUACGAAAAUAUUGUUCAUACUGAUCAGAAUUAAAUUUGUAUAGAGCAGAGUUUUAAAAUGAAUGUAAAUAGCACUAAACCUUUUCUUUCUGCAGCCUGUAUUAAUAGAUUCCUUCGGUAAACUAAAUAAAAAAAUUGUAGUGCAUUCAUUUUGUUGGUGAUUUAAAGGUCAAUAAUUGUUUGAGCAUUGUUUCAUCUAUUUUACAGUUAAUUUUCUGCUCUUCUGGGUCUUUUGAAUUUGACUCACUUACCACUCCGUGGCUGCUUGGGAAUGCAGGCUUACCUAGUUAGUGUGGGAAGCACAGCAGCUGGGGUUCUGUCUGGUCAUCACUAAAAUGUGACAUUCAGAAGAUGUCACGUAUCCAUCUGCUGUGUAGGCAUGGACUAGAGAAGAAUCCAGCAGGUGGUUAUCAUAGUGACCAUAUUCUUGUGGGAGUCAGACUGUGGGUUAAUCUUUUGUAAUACUUUAUUCUAGUCACUCACUGUCUUCCCAGGUUAGAGGCUUUCAGUUCAUUGUGAUUGUAUCUGGGACAGUUACAAAUACUCUAUUGGCCUUUGCUCAUUAGCAGAGAAGGAAUGUUCUCACUCAAAACCUAAUACCAUACUUGUACCAAAUUAAAAAGAAGCAAAAUUCUAUACCCAAAACACCAGAAACUUAAGUGUAUACAUGAAACUGCUGGACUCUACCUUUAAGACAAAAUGGACCGCUGAUGCCUGCAGUGGGGUUGAUCACACUCAGUCUGAGAUCAGAGGUCUCUGCCUAGAAUAGCCACAGCUUCCCUAAGGGUGAGUGGUGCAUAGACCUGUAAAGAGAGCCUGAGUCAUGGGCCUGACUCAGUCGUCUGUCACCUGCGGUGUCCUAGACUUAAGUGUUCUGCACAUGUCUUUCAUGUAAACCUCAGCAUACCUUCCUGCUUGGAACCAUGGGCUGUCUUCAAGAGAAGUUGUAUGUGACGUCCUCAUUCGUGCAGAGGUUUCACUAGCCAGACAGGUCCCUGGUGUCGUCUUGACCAAUACUGCAGCCUUUUCUGCUAGCCAGUGUGUGGUAACAGUGUUGACUGUGAAAAGCAAUUAAAGCUCUCUUUACCUGUUGAAGAAUAGGCCGCCUCUUUUGAAGAACUUCCAUUCGUAAUAUUGGGAUAUUUUUCCUAUUUAUCUCUCUACUCCUCCUUUCCUUUUUCAGUUUAUUUUAUGGCACUCAAAUAAAACUCACCAUGACUCA